UGGGACAAUGAAAUCAGUCCUUAUCAUCUACCCAACUCAAAAUUGCGUGGGAUUAUGGAUGAUGCUGUUCCAUAAGAAGAAGUGUCAUGUUCCUGGUUGCCAAACUGAUCUGCCCAGCUCCUUCAAACGAGUUCACCCGUGCCGCCGCAUCACCCGCUUUGAUACUGGUUAUGCGGACUCCGACUGAGUACUGAGUGUGAACGCUGAAGAAGUUAUUAUUCAGGGAAUAAAUUUUUAUUUAGAAGUUGGGUUUCCCCUCUUCUCAUCUGUAUUUGGAUAUUGAGUUUAAUGUUCCUGAAAUUAUUAAUUAUUUUCUUCUGUUGAUGUGUUUGUGUGAAAAUUGUCUAUUGACCAAUUCUUAAUCGGAAGAGAAGAGACCUAGAUUAUUACCUUAAAAUUUCAGCGAGUAAUCGAUUUUGCAAUUAGGAAUUGUUUCGAAAAGUUCCAGCAAUCAAUUUUAGCAAUCUGCCUGAAAUUAGUGUUUUCUUUUGUUCUAUUUUCGUUUGGCCUGAUUUCUGGAAAAUGAACGUUUAGAUCAAGAACAAAAAUAGACCUUGGAAUAAACAUAUUAGACAAAUUAGUUAGAAAUCUUCAAAAAUCUUCUGUUGCAGAAUCUUGGAUUAAUCCAUGAGUCCAAUACUGUAAGAUCUUUGCCUUGGAGACGUCCCACAACUGUUUUCCGCACAAAGGAAGAUGUCUGGCCCAUAUUUUGGUAUGCUACGUACUGAAUCUCAUCUCUACUGUUUUUUUUUUAUAUUUUAAAAUUAGUAAGAUAGUUCUCAUAGCGCACAUACAAACCGGAUCUAAGCCCAUUUGAUUACUCUAUAGGAGUUAUUGAUGUGUAAGUUUGCCUGAUAUAUCUUGCAACUGUAUCUAUUAUAUUCUUGAUAAAGGCAAGCCCCAUAUUUAUAAUACUCACAAUACUCCUUGUGAGUGCAAAAUAGAGAUCUUAUAUAACAUUAUUACUAUUAUGAAUGUUACCUUCUCUAAAAUAGAAUAUCAAUGGUAUGGAUAAUUAAUAAGAAACUACUCCCAGUUACUAUUAAGUAUUAAUAGAGAUAGGACUUAGUUAAUACUUAUUAUAACUACCAUUAUUAUUAGGGCAAAUUUGUCCCAGUGAAUAAAUGUAUCCAUGGAUUGAUAUUGCACGUAUUACUUUGUAAAACAAGUAUUUUUCCAAUUUGUGAGAUGAUGAUGAUUGGCUCAUUUCAACUCUCAAUUGCUUUGCUCAAGAGCCUCGCUGGAGUUUUUUCUUACUUGCAGUUCAUGCGAUCACAUGCACUUGUUAUGAAAUUUCAUGAAGAAUGGGUUGUCCCAGUGAAUAUCAUUGAUGAUACUCAUAAGGAACUUCGAUUCACCAGUCAUUCUCUAGGUACUGUCUCGACCAGAAGAGUCCUAAGUAAUCCUUUGUCUGAACUAGAUGGGCUGAUGGGGCUUCAGCGACAGACUGAAUUUAUUGAAAAAAAUUGGCCGUCAUUAACAAAAAAAGGGGUUCCUUACCAUCAACACCCAACCAGCACUUAAUGGAGCAAAGUCAGAUUUACCUUGUGUUGGUAAGGGUUAUCCCUGUGUAAAACGUCACACGUUAACUAUUGACUUGGGAUACAUGAAUGAUCAAAUGAUGCUAAAAUUUCAUGUGUAAAAAAUGCCAUUACUCCCCAUUUUAAUCUUAGAUAAACCAUCAUCAUGAGCACCAUGGCGAAAUUGAAGUUAUGGUGCAAUGUGCCCCCUAUUAUUUUCUUUUGUCUGAAAAUUGUCUAUUGACCAAUUCUUAAUCGGAAGAGAAGAGACCAAGAUUAUUACGUCAAAAUUUCAGCAAGUAAUGAAAAUCCAUUUUGUAAUUAGGAAUUGUUUCGAAAAAGUUCCAGCAAUCAAUUUUAGCAAUCUGCCUGAAAUGAUUGUUUUCUCUUGUUGGUGUUUGUUCUAUUUUCAUUUGGUCCGAUUUCCGGGAAAUGAAUGUUUGGCCCGAUUUCUAUUUUCGUUGUCCCAGUGAAUACCAUUGAUGAUAUUUGCGAGGUAUGUUUUAGGUUGGGAUUUGUCUUAUGCUCACACUUCAGGUUAGUUUGCUUCCUGUUUAUAUAUGAUACUCAUAUGGAACUUCGAUUCACCAGUCAUUCUCUAGGUACUGUCUCGACCGGAAGAGUCAUAAGUAAUCCUUUGUCUGAACUAGAUGGGCUGAUGGGGCUUCAGCGACAGACUGAAUUUAUAGAAGAAAAAGAGGCCGACAUUAACAAAAAAAGGGGGUUCCUUACCAUCAACACCCAACCGGCACUUAAUGGGAGCAAAGUCAGAUUCACCUUGUGUUGGUAAGGGUUAUCCUUGUGUAAAACGUCACACAUUAACUAUUGACUUGGGAUACAUGAAUGAUCAAAUGAUGCUAAAAUUUCGUGGGUUAAAAAUGCCAAUACUCCCCAUUAUAAUCUUAGAUAAACGAUCAUCAUGAGCACCAUGGUGAAAUUGAAGUUAUGGUGCAAUGUGCCCAGUAAACUUUAGGGCUAAUC